GGACAUAGUUAUUAGCAGCUGCUUCUUCUGCUCUUUCAGUCUGUUCCCAAAUUCCUCUUUAUUUCAUCUAAAAGUUUGGUUUAGUGCCCAGUUAGUAGAAAGCCAUGGUGGACCCCGCAGAGCGUAGAUACUUGGAGGAUGAGGAUACACCGGUUAUGAAAACCAUCAAAGGUGCAACGAUGGGUUUAGUUUCUGGAACCAUCUUUGGGACUGUUGUCGCUACUUGGUACGAUGUGCCUCGUGUAGAAAGAAGUGUCGCUCUUCCAGGACUCAUAAGGACUCUUAAGAUGAUGGGUAACUAUGGCCUAACGUUUGCUGCAAUUGGGGGAGUUUACGUUGGUGUUGAGCAGCUCGUGCAGCAUUAUCGGAUGAAGAGGGACUUUAUCAAUGGAGCGGUUGGUGGUUUUGUUGCAGGAUCAACUAUUCUAGGUUACAAAGGGAGGAGCCUUUCGACUGCAAUUUCUGCCGGAGCCGCUUUGGCAGUCACUUCUGCGGUUAUUGAUGCUGGAGGUCAGACCACAAGAAUCGACACCGGCAAGGAGUACUAUCCUUACACCACCAAGAAAAGAUCCUCAGCUGAGUCAUAAUCAAUUGAUGCUGUUAUUGACAAAAAAAAUAUGUUGAGUUAAUUGGAGAGAAUGAGCUGUGAUGUUGAACUAGCUGUAUUUUCAGAGAUGUAAUCAUACUCAUCCUUCUUUCCAUGCUUUUGGAAUUAAAGUGUUUAGAGCUUGAAUGGAUGUUUUGAAUAAAUUUGAUUUGUCAUCGCUUCAAAA